AUGAAAGGGAGUGAGAGUGAAGCAGUUUUCGAUUCGCAUAAUCUGAAUCCGCAACUCUUCCUUAACGAAGUUCUCAACACCGUCGAUGAUGUUGUCAACGAAGCUUUCGAUUUCUUCUACCAGGAAGCAUCGACCAAGGUGAACUCGGAAGGCACACAAAGGUCCCUAGAUCUAAGAAAGGGCGUUGAUUGCGUUCGCCAGAGGGUUCAAUCUGUUUUGGACAAACAGCUGGUUGUUUGGGAAAAGUACUGCCUUCAUCACUGUUUUGCUGUUCCGCAAGGUUUUCGUAUGCCAAACUCUGAGAAAUCAUGUGAGAAUGGCCUCAAUCUAGAUGCUCCUUUUGAUCCAGAUAUAGAUGCUCAGUUGGAUUCCUUGAGAGAAAAACUAACUGAGGUGGGGAAGGAGUCUGAAAUGCUGAAUCAUGAAAUUCACACAUUAGAAAGGCAGUCUACUCUCAGUGCUGGGUAUAUCAAUGAGGCAGUACAAUUAUAUGAGCAGAACUCUUUGCAUGAGUUGUUUCAGGAGAUUGUGACAACCGCCUCAGAACUUGGAAUGAAGAUGGGAAACCUAAAAACCAGAAUGAUUGAAGAGGCUGAACAAAUGAAAACAAAUAGGACUUACAGCCCUGAAACGGAUCUAUCUGCUAUAAAUCCUGCCAAAGGGCUCUCAAAUGUGAAAUUAGAUGAUCUACAAGAAUUUGUAACUAUUAUGAAGAGUAUGUAAUCUUGGGUAUGUUUUCAUCAAUCUUGUUUGACUGGACUCAUGCUUGUUAUUCCUGUUCUCCUUUAUUCUUAGUCUUUCUCUGUGCUGAUUUGUGGAAUUUACCUUUAAUGCUGAAAUUAUU